UUAUUCUAUGACCAGCCCCUUCCUGCUGUGGAGGAGAAAGAAUUGAAGGAGACACUGCAGGAAUUAAUUGGACAGGGAAAGAAGGUCAUACUUGAGCAGAAGAUUGAUCCUAGUAUUCUGGGUGGGCUUGUGGUAGAGUUUGAUAAGAAGGUGUUUGACAUGUCCAUUAAGACCAGGGCACGCCAGAUGGAGAGGUAUUUGCGGGAACCCGCAAACCUUGACAGCCUCUAAAAGGUGUUCACGGACUGAUACUGCGGUCUCCCCCAUUUUUCAUGUAUCUGUUAUUGUCAAAGUUCUAAGAAGGAAAAAAAAAUGUUUAAUUUUGGUGCUUGAACCCUUUCUAAAAAGAUGGAAAGCAACUUGAUCUGGAUGCCAUCCAUUUGCAAAUAAAAGCUUGUUUUCCGCAUUGUUCUGGGCAAGAGACUCGCUAGUUUCAUGUUCUUUAUCUUCCUGUUUUGUCGCGUUUUCGCCUUUGAAGUCAAAGCUUGUUAAGUUCUGUUAUAUUGCUGCACAAAUAUUUAUAUAGAGAGCUGUUCAUUGGCUGUGUUUUACAAA